UUGGUGGCUAGGCGAACCGGAGCAGACAGGAAAGGACUGGAUUGCUGUCCGACAGAUAUUGUAAACUAGAGUGAUAUGUUGCGAGUAAGACCGCGUGACCGUCAUUGAGUGUCCGACCGAGGAUGAUGUUGUCUGUCACUGUCUUCCUUGUGCUUUCUGUUGUCGGCCAGACGAACGGAGACACUCGGCGCCUCACGUGCACAGACGCAAGAAGGCAGUGCGAAGGCGAGGUGAUAUGCAGAUAUUUGCUCUUCGACUACGUGUCCAUGUGCGCGACGGUCAUGCACAGUGCAAACACGUGCUCACAAGUAUGCAAAGACAGCUACAUCAAACUGAUUUCCAACUCGGUGGGAAGCCUCUUGCACGAAUGCAACUGCGGAACAGGAGUUCUGGGAGACAUAUGCACGUCUUUUGAGAACUCCGUCAUGACGAAAUGCUUUGGAAAUGUCAGACCGACCUCUCCGGCUUCCGGCUUCAAUCACACUGGACAGUUCACUUGUUUCGACUUCAUGAGAUGGUGCUGGAUUACCUCCACGUGCGCAUCUCGAUACCUCGAUUACUUGGACGUCUGUUCGUUUACCCUAACGCACUUCACUUGUACACAACAGUGCAACGAGUCGUUCUACAGUCUACUUCGGCAUCCAAUCGGCAACAAGUUCUCAAGCUGUGAUUGUGGCAACAACACUUUGUGUCAAUUUACACUAGACCAUACGAUAAGAAUCUGUUAUGGUGGUAACUCGCCGGUUCCACCUCCGGUAGUGGAUGUACCAACAGUGAAACCGGUUGGCUCCUGUGAGAGAGCUUUCUAUAACUGCUUCGUGGACAAGAUUGGUUCGUGUGGAACCGACGUCAUUCUUACACAGAGUUAUUGCAGUAAAUAUUUUCCAGACUCUCUUAGUCUUAGGUGUCCUGCGUCAUGUGCAGACACAAUGAAAACUGUAAUAUCUACCAUUCCGUAUGCAAGCGAGCUGACGACGUGCAAUUGUCUAAAUUCUACGUCAACAGAGUGCUUUGCCAUUAUGGGAACACGAAGACUGAUUUCUCUGUGUGGAAGCACAGCUUCUGCGGCGGCUAAAAUUUAUAGAAGUGCAUUGCAUAAUCUAGUCCUCACAUUAAUGUUAUCUGCUAUUGGAUGUGUCUUGCUGAUGCUGUAAGUUGGACACGAAAAACUGUUACUUCGAGUUGUUUGGUAGACACUUGCAUUUGUUUCUAUCAGUGCCGUUGACGAUGCUUUUGCUAAGUUAUCUAAAUUUGAAAUUAAUGCAAUAUAAAAUAGAACGACCAAACCAUACAGUUAGUCUAUAAAACAAAU